AUGUCAGGUCAAGUUGCCAAAGCACCCAACCUUGGAAAUAAACAAAAAAAUUACCAGUUUAGAAAUUGGUCGAGUACGUUUAAGUGUGUACCUGAAUUGUAUUUUAGACCAAAAUCGGAGGAUGAGCUCGUUAAUAUUGUAAAUCUCGCGCGAGAAAACCAUAAAACUAUAAAAGUCGUUGGUAGUGGGCAUUCGCCCUCAGAUUUAGCUUGUACAAAUGAGUAUAUGAUCAACUUGGAUGACCUAAAUCAUGUAUUAGAAUUUGAUCCAAAAUCACGAAUAAUAACCGUUGAAGCAGGAAUCCGAUUAUUUCAACUAAAUCAAGAGCUCAAGUGGCGUGGAAUCGCGUUAAGCAAUCUUGGCGCGAUUUCGGAUCAAAGUAUUGCGGGAGCUAUUAGCUCUGCUACUCAUGGCACUGGAAUAAAUUUUGGGAAUCUAUCAACGCAGGUUAUUGGUUUGACUAUGAUAACUGCUUCCGGCAAAAAAAUACAUUGUUCCGAAGUAAAGGAUGCCGAAAUAUUUAAAGCAGCACUUUGUAGCGUCGGGGCCCUAGGCAUUAUUACUCGUGUUACAAUACAAUGUGAGCCGGAAUUUCGUCUCGAGGCCGAACAGCAACCAAUGAAACUUGAUACAAUAUUAAAUGAUUUGAAGGAAAUUGUGUGUUCGGCGGAACAUGUCAGAUUCUGGUGGUCCCCACAUACGGAUGAUUGUGCGAAACAAGCAGAAACAAUCGGAUAUUUUCGCGAAACAAUUCUUGGAUACCAUCUCUACCAAUUUCUUCUCUACUUAACACGAUUCUAUCCACCUACAAUCCCACGACUUGCACACUUGAUGUUCUUGAUAAAAUUCAACAAAGGCACACUAAUGGUUGACGACUCCUAUAAAGUUUUCAAUUCCGAUUGUUUGUUUGAGCAAUACGUCAACGAAUGGGCGAUCCCGUGGGAGCGAACUGCUGAAGCGUUAAGAAAACUUGGCCAAUGGGUUAGGGAAAAUGAUGAGAAAGGAAUUUAUGUUCAUUUCCCGGUUGAAGUAAGAUUUGUGGAUAAAGAUGAUAUUUGGCUGAGUCCAUCUUAUGGGAGGAAAGCGCACACAAUGUUCAAAGAUGAACUAACAAAGGCAUAUCCGAAAUUCAAAGAUUUUCUUGAACUUCGCGAGGAAUUAGAUCCCGAGGGUAUCUUUUUAAACCCAUAUUUGAGACGACAUCUGCUUGGAGAGUAUGGUCCAAAAGUUGAUGCUGCCCAGUUUAAAGCAAGAUUGUGA